UGGCUCAGCAGACCCCACCACAACACGUGCUCUCCAUGAAGGAGAAGACGCUUUGCCCUGAAUUAUUGAGGGAUUUGGACUGUGUCUAUUCACACAAGGCAGAACUGGAAGCCAAGGCAGAAAGUCAUAUGAAACAAAUCAGCUUCUUGAAAUGUGCAUAUAAACAGGAAAUUUGUGAGCUCCAAAACUGCAUUUCCGACACUUGUGUUAUGGUGCAAAUGGACAAUAGCCGAGGCCUAGAUAUGGACCACGCGAUUGAGGAGUUCCGGCGUCGAUAUGAAGCAAUUGCUUCCAGAAGCCGAGCUGAGGCUGAGGCUUGGUUCCAGUGCAGGUAUGAUGAGCUCAGGACAGCAGCAGCGAAACGUUGUGACGAUCUGCAUAAUGUCAAGGAAGAACUUCAGGCUCUGACCCGUGUUGCUCACAGGAUGGAGUCAGAAAUUGCAAGCGUCAAGGCUCAGCGUCGCAAAUUGGAAGAGGAGGUGUCUGGAGCUGAGGAACGCGGGGAGAUUGCGGUGAAGGAUGCCAAAUGCAAACUGGCAGAUCUGGAGGAGGCCCUGCACAAGGCCAAGCAGGACAUGGCUUGCCAGCUACGGGAGUAUCAUGAACUGAUGAACAUUAAGCUGGCUUUGGAUAUUGAGAUUGCCACAUACAGGAAGCUUCUGGAAGGAGAGGAAAGUUGGUUGAAUGAAGGGGAGUGUGCUGUGAACAUCUCUGUUCAGAGAAGUGAGGGGGCGAUAGUGAGUGAUGGUGGCCCCCACCAUGGAGCAGGAGACACACAUGGAAGCAGCCAUAGAAGUGAAGGUGUUUGCAGCCGUGAUAGGGCUACCUCUGGCAGCAGCACAACCACAAGGAGCGUCCAGACACGUGAUGGGGAUGUUCGCAGUUCUUCUGGCCCAGUGACACAUGCCCCUGCUCAGGGCUUCAGUGGUGGAAGUACUAAGACCACCACAUUGCGCUUUGUGUCUGCUAGUUACUCAUGUGGGCCACCACAUUGAAAAUAAGGAGUCCUGUGUAGAAUGAAACACAAAUGUUUCUCAGCUCCUGAUAUCAGAAAAAGAAUGUCUGCUUCUGUCAUUGCUGAGCAAGAAGCGGGGGCCGCUUGUUGAUGAUUUGGAG